CUGAGUAUAAGGACACUGUAAAAUAACUGCAUUCAUCAUAUCCCACUGACACACGGUCGACUGUGACAAGAUAUUGAUAGUGAGUACUUACAAAAAGCAACGACAAUUUACAGAAUCAUAGUAAACUGAAUAACCAUGCUGAGUAUGAAACUAUAUUUUACUGUACUUGCAGUAAUGACAUUUCCCAAUCUACUGGCCACUUGCAAUCCAGUCAGGUAUGAAUAUGAUGAACCUUUGCUAGAUUUCAUCAAUAUGCAUCCGAAUCCACACAGUUUAAACAGAGAUUUUUGGUACAAACGCAUGUAUGAGCAGAGUCCAGCAGUUAAAAAGCUUUCGAUGCCAGGAACAGUGAAACGACCCCAGAAACCAGCAAAUUAUUACUACGACCUUUAUCGUCAGUCGAUGUUGCCAACAAACGAAUUUCUUGGCUGACCAUUCCUAUGACAAUCAUUUGAAAUGUUAACAGAAAAACUGUUUUACACAUGUAUGUAUGUGUGUUUGUGAGUCUACAUGCCUGCGUGAAUAUGUCACGUUCUCUAUAUUGUUCAAGAAAUAUCUUCAUUACACAUGAAAACAAAAAGAAAUGAAACUAAUUAAAAUAUAUAUUUAGAAUGUGUUAAUAUCUUCCACUUAGUGUUUGAGAAUAACUUUCUUUCAAUUGGUUUAUUUACUUGUUUAACUAUACUGGGAGAAUGAAUAUCUGCAUUUAAAUGUUAU